UCUCGGUCAGUGUGCGGGCGGAGGAAGAUGGCGGCUCCUGCUGCGGGUGAGUACUUCAGCAUCGGCAGCAGCGUCUCCUGCCUCACCUGCCUGGGCCAGCGCCUCCAGGGGGAGGUCAUCGCCUUCGACUACCACACCAAGAUGCUGACCCUGAAAUGCGCCCCAUCCAGUGGCAAGCCCAACCUUAGUGAUGUGGUUCUCGUCAAUUUAGCCUAUGUAUCCGAGGUGAACAUUAUCAACGACCGCACUGCGACUCCUCCACCAUUAGCAUCUCUUAAUUUUAACAAGCUUGCGAAUAGAGCUCGGGCAGAAAAAGAAGACAAGUUGUCCCAGGCUUAUGCAAUUAGUGCUGGAGUCUCAGUGGAGGGCCAGCAGCUGUUCCAGACUAUUCAUAAAACCAUCAAAGACUGCAAGUGGCAGGAGAAGAACAUUGUGGUGAUGGAUGAUGUUGUCAUCUCUCCACCUUACCGAGUGGAUAACUGCAGAGGCAAAGAGGGCAGCGCUUUAGCCCACGUACGCAAAAUAGUUGAGAAACACUUCCGCGACGUGGAGAACCAGAAGUCCGUGCAGCGGUCACAAGCACAGCAAACACAGAAGGACUCGGCCUUGUCAGCGUGAGCGCGACUUCCGUGCAGAGUGCUAUGCCGGCACUUUAAGUUUUUGGGUUUCCUUUUAUUUCGGAGUUUUAUUUUCAAUCAACCGACCGAGGCUGAGGUAGCUGCGGCCUGCGUUGUGAGUGGAGCCGUCCUAGACGUCUGGAGAAAAAAAUAAAGUAUAAAAACAAAAAGAGAGGGCAAAAUAUGAGCCCUUGAAUUAGUUUUUCAGAAGAUUUAAUUUUAUGACAGAACAUCUUGACCACCCUUCCAUUCAGCCCUCCCAUCAAAUACAUGUGUGCCCCUUUCCCACCCAUAUUCUCUCUCUCCAACUGCUAAUCCAUGCAAACACAUUCCAUGUUAGCCAAGAAAAAUCAGAGGCCUGAAAAAUAUCAGGUUGUUUUUCAUAAGCUCCUAUACCUCCUCAUACUCCCCCCCCCCAGAACAAAAUGUGACUUGAAAGGUACUGGAGAAAAAAGGACUUAAGUUAUAAAAGAUUCUGAUUCAAUAAUUAAAUCAGUCUGGGUGAAAAUAGCGUGGUUUAUUUUUCUAACAGUUGACUGAAAUGAAGCGAGUGCUAAAUGUUUGUGAGACAGGCGGUGAAGUUGCACUUGGCAGAUGACAACCCUUCAGACAGCAGCUCCUUGUCUGUGACCUAACAUCAGGUGCUGGACACAAGUUGGUCUUGUCAUCUCAAAAAAAAA